AUGCCCUCAACUAGUGCCAUGCCACCAUGCCAGCCUCAAGCCUCAACCCCCAUAUCUGCUGAGAAAACAAUGAAAAUGCCAGACCCUCCAGAGUAUGUGGUGUACACAGAUUCUGAGUUAGAAAUGGUGCGUAGUCAGUACUUUGCAUUGCUCUGCAAUGGAAAGGAAAAGAACUACAAGAUGUCAAAGGAGCUAUGCUGCAGACUUGUAAGGAACACAAUCACCAGCAUGGUUGCAAUCCUGCGUGCUAGUCCCAUGGGGAAAGAACUGACCAUCUACACCAAAAUGUACAAGCGACUCCAAAAUAUGAGAUCCCCAAGGAAGAGGCAGGGCUCCGUACCACAAAGAGGAGUGGCCAAGACAGCUCUCUUCAGUGCAGACAACCAAGACAUGGAGACAGAUUGGACAGACACAAGCAACUCGAGUGAUAAUACCAUACUUCUUGAGAGCAAUGAUGACAUCAGCGAGGACAACUCCAGUGCAGCAUCCCCACUGCAACUACCCUCCUCUGUGCCAAGGAAGCCAAAGAGUGGGACCAAAACCUUACUGCUGCCACCCCAAUCAGCCUCAGGCUCCUCACCCAGGACUGUGAUCGCUUCACCAACCACACCUGCAAAGGAUGUUGUUGUCGGCCAGGACAAUCUGAAGAUGCAGGCUAGGCACUACAGAACCUUGAGCAACAUGUACAAUAAGCCCAAUGCAAAACCCAAUCACAACGAUGUUGCUCAACUUUUGGACCUUGAGUUUGAGGCCAGACGGGCUUUCAUUGACGCAGAUGUUACAAGGGAAGAAGACCGACCUGCAAAAAUCUUUGAGGCAUAUCCAUGUUUCAAAGAUGUAUGUUUUUUUUGUUUUUUUUACUACCCGCACUUGAAUUACUGUCUAUCUGUGUUCUAA